UUAAAUCCGACAUCUUAUUUGCAAUAUAAAUUUCAUGUACAUUAUCAGAAAUAAAGUCCUUCAAAAAUGGAGUGGACUGCUGGUAUCGUGUUGAUUCUUUCUUUUAUUUCCCUUUCUGGUGCAUUGCUCCAUGGAAACUCCAAUGUCUCUGUACCCUCAAAUAAACAUACUGAUCCAGAUGUGUAUAAACAACUGCUUCACCUUGAGACAAAUCUGGUGUCGGUUUAUAAAGAAAUGGCGACAUUGAAAGAACAAAACCUGCAACAAAAGAAGACAUCUGAAGAACAGCAACAAUUGAUUCAUACGCUCAACCAGACAAUUCAGAGUUUAAAAAGCGAUAAUGGAGUCUUGAAAGGCAAACUGGAUAGUCUAAAUUCUACCUGUCAAUUCUGUCAACAAAAUUAUUCUAAUGUCGACGAUACCACAAAAGAACUAAAACUGCAGACUCUAUCACUUGCAAUUAUGGAACUGAACAAAACUAGUUCGGAGGACAUCCAAACAUUAAGAAAUAUCAUCAGAACUAGAGAACAGGAAGUACCGAAAAAUAUUACCUCUGUCGUCAACAGCCUUACAAUGAAUGAUAGAUAUAUAUCGCUCUCCCUUUUGGAUGUUCAAAAUAACAUUACAGCGCUAGGAUCAUCACUCCAACAACAGCAGAAGACACAAACGGAACAACAUAAACUAACGCAGGCGGGAAUUCAAAAUCUAACUUUUUCACUAAAUAAUAGCACAACAAAUCUGAGAUCUUCUCUUUCCGACCUUAAAACACGUCUAGAGACAACCGUUGCUUUUACAGCUGGGGUCGGAUCCGGUGAUAACAAAGUAUUUUCUCCUGGACAAACAGUUAUUUUCAGGCAAGUUAUCUACCAGGUGGGAGGAGGAUAUAACCCUACAACAGGAAUAUUUACCGCCCCGAAGGCUGGACUGUAUCUUAUAUUCUGUACUAAUGUGGCAGCAUACCAUGAAACUUUCUGGACGAAAAUAAUGAUUAAUGGUUCAGGAAAGGCAGGAGUCAUGGCUUAUCUGAAUGGGUCUGUUACUGUCUACCUGUCAGCCUCCAACUUUGUUGUCCACCAGUUACAGGUUGGAGACAGGGUCUGGAUAGAAGUAAUCAGUGGAAAUCAUCUGUACUCAUCUUAUUCAGAUACAACAUUUUCUCUCAUCAUGAUCAAUGGAUCAUUGUAAUAUCGUUUCUGGUGCAGUAUAUAAGA